AUGACCUUGAACUCCCCACUAGGAUGUGUGGAGGUUGCUAGUAUAUGUAGAUCAUGUGAAAUCACGAUUGGAGGUGAGCGAUUGAGAACUGACCUGAUAAUCCUUUCGAUGAGUCUGUUUGACGUGGUACUCAGAAUGGAUUGGCUGUCAAAAUAUGGUGCGAUUGUUGAUUGCUACCGUAGGAGAGUAACCUUGAUGACUAAUUCUGGAGCGGUAAUUACCUAUCAAGCGGACAUGAAUCCAGUCCUGGAAGAACGACUAUUAAGAUACAGUGUUGGGGGACGUAGGAAUCUAGCUUGUUUUUCUUUCCUUCUUGCUCUAGAAGGUAAACCCGAGAUAAUUGGAGACAAUGCAGGAGUUCCUGUGGUGGAUGAGUUCGCAUAUGUAUUUCCCAAAGAGUUACCUGGUUUACCGCAAGAUCAGGAGAUUGAAUUUGGCAUUGAUUUGAUACCGGGAACGGCUCUAAUUUCCAUUCCCCCUUAUCGAAUGGCACCUGCAGAAAUGAAAGAAUUAAGGAAACAGCUCGGGGAGCUAACGGAAAAAGGGUACAUAAGAAACAGUACCUCCCCUUGGGGUGCACCGGUGUUGUUUAUUAAGGAGGAAGACAUUUCAAAAACUGCCUUUAGAACUCGGUAUGGGCCUUUCGAGUUUCUGGUAAUGCCUUUCGGGUUGACGAAUGCUCCAGCUGCAUUCAUGGAUCUGAUGAACUGGGUUUUUUGGCCCUACUUGGAUCAGUUCGUGGUUGUUUUUAUCAAUGACAUUCUGUGGAAAAGGCCAAAGAAUGUGGCAGAGAUUCACAGUUUCCUUAGACUAGCAGGAUACUAUCGGCGUUUUGUAAAAGACUUCUCGAGCAUGGCUGCACCGAUGACUCGGUUGACCAAGAAAGAAGAAUUGAAGGCAAGACUGACCAGUGCACCAGUCUUGACUAUACCCGAUAGUGAAGAGCCAUACGAAGUAUAUUUUGACGCUUCGGGAAGUGGACUUAGUUGUGUUUUGAUGCAAGGUGGACGCGUUGUAGCCUACACAUCUCGCCAAUUGAAGCCACAUGAGCGGAACUACCCCACACAUGAUUUGGAGCUAUCAGCGUAUCAUCCAGGAAAAGCUAAUGUGGUAGCUGAUGCCCUCAGUAGGAAGACUACAGGAAUCAUGGCGUCAUUAGCUAUGGAAGACUGGAAAAGGACUGAAGUGGUAAACGAUUAUGAUCUUCAGUACCACGAGGAUUAUAACCAGGUUGAUGAGAUCAAGAAGGUGAUUCUGCAUGAGGCCCAUAAAUCACGGUACGCUAUUCAUCCGGGAAGUACCAAGAUGUACCAGGAUCUGAAAAGACAAUACUGGUGGAGAGGUGUGAAGAAAGACAUUCGUGAAUAUGUCUCAGAAUGUGUAACUUGUCUCCGGAUCAAAGCUGAGCAUCAGAAGCCAGCUGAAGAAUUGCAGUCUCUACCUGUGCCGGGAUGGAAAGGGGAACACAUCACAAUGGACUUUCUGAUGGGACUUCUGAGGACUGAGCAGAAGCACGAUGCCAUCUGGGUGGUGGUGGACAGAUUGAUGAAAUCUGCUUAUUUCAUACCGUUCUGUGCGACGUAUUCCCAGAAGAUUCUGGUAGAGUUAUACCUGGAGCAUAUCGUCAGACUUCACAGAGUGCCGUUGUCUAUUACGUCUAACCGCGAUACACGUUUUAAUGCGAGCUAUCAGGCCAGUAUCAACAUGGCUCCGUUCGAAGCUCUGUAUGGUCGACCUUGUAGAUCAUCUAGUCAUCAAAAGAGUUAUGCCGACAGAAGGCGUAGACCUUUGGAAUUCCAAGAAGGCGACUUCAUUUUAUUGAAGGUUUUUCCACGCAAAGGAGUUAUUCAUUUUGGUGUAAAAGGAAAACUUGCGCCAAGGUACGUUGGACUAUUCCCGAUCGUGCAACGAGUUGGUGUCGUGGCGUAUCGUUUGGCUUUACUGCCUGAGCUAUCUCACGUGCAUGACGUGUUCCAUGUCUCGAUGCUUCGUAAAUGUCAACCUGAUCCGGAAGCCAUGGUAUAA